GAAGAAAGCAGCCAAGAACGAGAAGCGAUGAAUGCAGCGCUGGAGAGAGUGAGACGAGUGCUGAAAGAGGAGAAGAAGGAAGGCAACAGUGCAGCUGCCAUAAGGAACUGCCAGGCUCUUCACGUCGGUGUACUGGAGCUCCUGCAGGGGGUAGAGCGGCACAGGGCAGGAGACAGCUGCAAUGGAGGAGCGGGAGAGACGACGAGGGAGCUGUCCCGCCUCCUCUGCCACUGUUUCAGUGUGUCUGCCCAAAUCCUCACCCUCUGCAAGGAGGUGGAGAGUGGUCCCAGCUGGCUGUUUCAGGAUCUCUCCACCCAUCUCUCUGUUAUCUUCAAGUCAACCUACGCUCUCAUCAAAGUGUCAGCCGAGUUGCUAGACAGGUUGAGUCUCAAUCAGGAGACAUUUGAAACCGUUGUGGCCAGUUUGCGGAGUCUCAGUGCUUCAGCCUCGGACUUUGACCCCUCUCUCCCGGUGCUGGUGUGGAGAGGAGUAGGGAAGGUGGUGUGCAGGGGGAGGAGUGUGAUGGGUGAUGGGUGGACCGUCCAACCAAUCGUAUCUGACGUCUGCAUUGCCAUGGAAACAAAAGCUGUUGAAUGUGUAAUAUCAGCCCCACAAGAAGCAGAGACAAGCAGUAGUGGUGGUGGUGGGGAAGGGUAUUUGAAGUUGCUGAAGCUGUGUCGGUUCCUCUCGUCUCUGCUGGUAAAGCUGGUCCAGGAGUUCCAGGAAGAUUCUCUGGAGUUUGCGUCUGAUAUUGCUGGUCUUUUGAUCCACCUCUACGGUUGUGUUCCUCCUUCUCCCCACUGCUCACCUGUCAACAGCCACACUCAGUCUGAGAUUGACAGCAACAUUUUACUGGUGUGUGAACCAAUCUUCUCCUCCUUGUUGGGGUCCCCCGAGUUCUUCAAAUCUCUCCUCUCUUCUCCCGACACCGGCGAGAGAGACGGCGGCCAUUACGGACGACUCGUGUCCCUCUGUCUCGUCCUCAAGUUCUUCCCCAAACUCUCUGGAGGGAUGCAAGACCUUCUCAUGGAGUCAACCAGCUCUAGAGAGAGCCGUUUCCGGUCGUGUCGACUGCUGGAUGCUCUCUUCUCCACGAUUCAACGCUGUUCAAUGGAACUAGAGUUGCCUGUGAUGGUGGCCGGAGUCAUGUGCAACGGACAGCCACAGAGUGCAGUUUCACUCUACCAUCAUCUCCUGACUAACCUCUGCUGCCUGGUGGCCUGUCUUCCUCAACACCACUUCCAGAGACUGGAGGAGGUGAUGUUCCGUCACGCUCUCUCCUGCGAAGAAGACGCAUUCUCCAGUCUCCUGGCCUUGGACGCUCUCUCAUUCGUUGCCAGGGUCUCGUGUGCCCUGCUACGGAGGACCCUUCCUCUCCUCUCUCCUCACCACUUGUCACUGUUCCUGGAGACUCACGCCCUCUCCUCCUCCUCCUCUCUCCUCGUUCUCUGGGCACACUUGGACCUCACCACUAUAGCCAACUCCUCACAUAAACAGGUGGUUCAGAGCGUGUGGGACUCCAGCCACGAGAUUCUCGUUCACCAGCUUCAGUCAGAACAACCUCACCUACCUGCUGUUUGGGGAACAGUUGUCCUGUGUGACUGCAUUUCUAUCACUGCGGACCACGUCUCUAGUCUUCCUCCGCACAUUCUCCAGAAGAUUUUUACUUCGUUAAGAGAGAUGAUUACCAGGGGCAUCCCCACGGCAGUGUGUGUGACUGUGGCAGAGUUUCUCGGUCGUUGUGGCUGUCUGACACUUCCCGCGAAUGUACAGGCUACGGUGUUGCGUGGUCUGGUACCAGUGUUUCAUCUGUUACUAGGUCACCCCUGCUGGCUGGUCACUCAGCACUCUCUGGUGGCUUUCCAGACCUUUGCUGAGUCCACUCGGUACGCGUCAGUGACUGAGGACUGUGUGCCUGCUGGUAUGAACAAGGUGGUGGUGGGUUUCCUCCAGAGAGCUCCCCACUUCACCUGGGAGAGAGCUGACUUGAGGGACGCCGUGUUCUGGGUGGAGGAGCUGGGGAGGAGGGUGGGGAGGGGAGAGGAGGUGGAGGGAGGGAGAGAGGAGUCACGGAGACCCACCUCUGUCUUACACACACUCUAUGGUUCAUUCAAAGGUUCAGCUGCUGUUGGAGACGUGGAAUGAACUUUGCACUCUCUCACUCCCGCCGCCGCCAGAAGUGUGCACGCAACUCCACAAACUGUCCACCUCCAUCCAAUCUCACUUGUCACAGUCUUGUCGAUUUUCAUCACCUCAGCAUCAAAAAUAAUUCGUCUUCCAUUACAAAACAAUUACACAAUAGAGAAUUUACAAAGAUCUAUCUCACUAUCAAAAAAUUUUGAGAAUAAAAAAUUUGACAUGUGACUGCCUAUAAAUGAACCCAAUCUUCCUUUAUCAUAUCUGAAGCUUUCUCACCAAUCAUUAUUACGGGGGCAUUUGUAUUGCCGGAUGUCACCUCUGGCAUGACGGAUGCGUCAGCCACCCGCAGGUUUCCGACUCCCUUGACUCGCAGUCUAGAGUCGACAACAGUGGUAGGGUCAUCAGUUGAGCCCAUCUUACAGGUCCCGGCUGGGUGGUACUGGGUGAGUGUGAGAUGGCGAAUGUAAUCUCUCCAGUAGCCGUCGGAAUCCGUGUGGUGACGACUGCCGAAAGCCAUUAGCCGUUGACGAACACCGUACGAAUUGAAGAAAUUGAAAGCGGAUGAAUUUGCAAUUUUCUGAACAAACCUGAUGCCCUUGAGUAGGACUUCGAUGUCGCGAGGAUCGGCCAAGUAGUUUGGGUCAAUGAGUGGAGAUUGCAGGGGCGAGGUCUUGUUGAGUCUUAUGGUUCCCCUGCUGGUAGGGUGGAGGAGGGUUGGAAGAAAAGAGUAACCAACCAUGUCAGUCUCAUCCAUUGCUCCCUCUCCAAACAUUCGCCGUGCCUCCUCCGGCGAUACGUUGAUGUUCUUCAUGUGCUUCGGGGCGGCUUUUCCUCCGAAGAAGAUGAUGUCUAAAUCGGGGGCGAUUCUCUCGUCCUCGACGCCAGUGUCCAGGAACGCGUGUGCCUCUGCCGGACUCACUGACAACGGACCACUGCCUGUUAGAAAGAACUGAAAGAGAGAGCUGACGGACCUGGCGUGCUGCUCCGAUAGAGAAAUGGUCUCGUUUAUGGGGAUCCUAGGAGCCACAUACCCCACAGGGACCAUGAUAUGGUCCUGCAAGUUCUCCCCGACUGGUAAAUCAGCCCUGACAGGGAUCCCAACGUCUUCCAGGUGGCCUUUUGGACCUAUACCAGAUAGUAAAAGGAUCUUUGUCGUCCCAACUGUACUGGCAGUAAGUAUGACCUCCCUUCGAGCCUUUACCACCUUUUCUUCUCCGUUGGCACAAUCUUUAGUGUCGACCACUCUAACUCCGUCCACUGUCGGGGAUGCUCCUGGUGCAAAGGACAGCGACCGGACCGAUUUCCCUGUCACCACAUACAGAUUCUCCCUGUUACCGCGAACCGGGUGAAGGAAAGCGCGAGCGGUUGACAAACGCCAGCCGUCUUUGAUUGUGUACUGCGGGAAGCUGACUCCCAACUGGGACCGCCCGUUGUUGUCUACCUCCUCGUAACCCAGCUCUUUCGUUCCCUCUACAAAACUCCUCGCAGCCAGCGUCCGGAACUGAGUCGACUGACUAACAGUCAAGUACCCACCAGUACCGUGAAAUUCGUCAUCUCCGCGACCUCUGAAAUCCUCCGAUUUCUUGAAGUACGGGAGAACUUCCCGGUAGCUCCAGCCCUCCGCGCCCAUCUCCCGCCAGCGAUCGUAGUCCUCACGGUUUCCCCUCACGUAUAUCAUGGCGUUAAUGGAGCUGGAUCCACCGAGUACCUUUCCCCGCGGCCAUCUCGCUCGUCGCCCCUCCAGACCGCCACAGGCGUGUUUCUGGGGCACCGUUUGCUCGGCCCAGUCCACGGGGCUCAGCUGCAGGUCCACGUAAGCCAGCGGGACGUGUAUCUCCGUCUGAGAGUCCACUUCCCCGGCCUCCAGGAGAAGGACGGUGACGUUGGGGUCUUCGCUGAGGCGACUUGCAACCACACUACCCGCAGAACCGGCGCCAACCACGAUGUAGUCGAACUCCGACUUGUCCAGUGGACUCGGUGGGAGUUUGCUCGGGUCCCAGACAGCCACCAGGAGAGUUUGGUGGACGAGCAGCACCCACCCCAAGCACCGAGCUACGACCAUCUUUCUCACGGGGAGCCGCGC